AUGAACAAGGUUGCAAUUGAAAAAGACAACACACAAUGUUGUGAAGGUUUCCUUCUUGUCUUUUGCCUCUUCAUUUGGAAGCAGGUGCCUUUAUUUCCUCCUCCAGGCAGGCUUUUUGAAGGAUCUAGGGUUUUACGCUGGUCGUCCUCCACCAAUCCACCAUUUCCCCCCAGAUAUCCCCUCCAGAUCCCCUCCAAGUUCAGGAUGCGUUAUCACACAGCUCUUCCACCUCGCCUAAACUCCCAGAAAACACCACAGGACCCCACUGUCCAGCGGUCGCCACCGACAUGCGAGCUAUCCCUUGCCAACGCAUCGGCCUGCACAACGUCGACAGAUCCUGAAGCUAUGGAGGUGGACCUGCCACUACCCCAGACCCCCUCAACGAUUCAAUCCUCGACCGAGGAUGGCACAGUCACUGGUCCAGCAAGUAAACGAGUCCAAUCAUCGCGCAAACACUCGUUACUUAGGUCGACUGUGCCACGUCUGGAGAUUUUUCCUACUUCAGACGCGUCCGCAGCUCAAUCUAACCGUGGGCCACCCUCUCCGACAGAGCAAAGCCCACCAAGAAAGCGGACGAGGACUUCUGCCCUUUCGUCGCCCUCCAGACCCCGACCACAUCGUCUGGUCUCGCUGCCGACGCGUCCAGCCCCCUUACCGCCCUCCUCGACCCCUCUCAGCCCCUCUUUCGUCGCGUCUGGUCGCCAGCUGGCCCCUGCUAAGUCAGAGAUAGCCCCUGUCUCCUCCGCCCUCCCUUUUUCACCGAUCCUCCCAACCCCUAAUGUAGUGGCAAACCUCCUACCGUCUGCAGCCCAAGAACAACCUCAUUCGACACGCUUCCGGCGUCGGAAGCCACCUCCCAGCGAGCUGAAACUCCUUACAAGCGUGUAUAGGAGCCUUGUGUAUGGGUUGGAGAUGAGGUAUCCCAGAUGGCGUCGGUUUGCAGAAACGAGAGACGCGGAUGGAACGCUGGCUAGGACGUAUUUCGACACGCAGGACGCGCUUCUUGCCCACCACCUGAAGCCUUAUCUUUUGCUGAACGGAGCUAGCAGAAAUUCGAUGGUCGUGGACGUUGACCUCGUGGCUCGAGAACGUGUCGGAUCUAUGGGCAUGGAUGUCGAUUCCGAAACCGAAACUUCGCCACGACCCGGUCUCCCAGACUCUUCCACUGAUUCUUCAAUACUUUCGUAUCAACGAUUAGUGUCGGCGCUUAUUCUACGGCACCACACGUAUCCUCGACGCUUGCCAGGACGCAUACGCAAGAAAGGAGACGCUUCACGGAAGGCGUCCGCUCUCGCGAAGAGUUAUACGUUUGAGCUCGAGAGUUCGUGA